AUGGCGCUAUCAGGCGCAGACGAAGCAAAAGCCCCGCGCCAGAGCGUCGCCAUCGUCGGCACCGGCCUGGCGGGAUUGACGACGGCGUACCUCUUGCACAACGAUGACCGCCGGCGGUACGACGCCGACGAGCUGUCGUUUGAUUCGGCGUCCGUCGCCGUGCGGAACGAAAGGACGGGCAACGUCGAGCGCGUCGACUUGCCCAUGCGCGCCGGCGCCGGCGGCUACUACGCCAACCUGAUGCGCAUGUAUGACUACCUGGACGUCCCGCUGCACCCCGUGCGCUUCCUCUUUGUCUUUGCCAAGGCGCUCGCGUCGUCGGCGUCGACGUCGGCAUCGUCGCCGUUGAGCGAGGCGGCGCGGCCAGAGGAUGCCGGCUCGGCCCCCGGCAGCUACUUUGUGCACGCGUCCAACCUGCACAAGACGCCGCCGCCCUGGCCCCGCGGCCGCGGUGUCGUUGCGCACGUCUUUGAGAUUCUGUUCCUCAUCGUCUGCCAGCUGUGGUUCUCGGCGGCGUGCUUCCUCGUGCCGCCAGUGGCGGGCGACGAGCACGACGGCGAGACGCUCGCCGAGUACCUGGAACGGGUGUGGCUGCCGCAGAGGUACGUGUCGCACUACCUGCUACCCCUGAUGAGCAGCGUCUCGACGUGCGACCACGCCGAGAUGCUGGCGUUUCCGGCGAGCGACGUCGUCAACUACAAGCGGCUAUCGCACGGCCAGCAGCACUACGCCGUCUGCGGAGGCGUCCACCAGGUGCAGUCGAGACUGGUCCGGGGCGUGCGGGACAUUCGCCUCGGCUGCCGUGUCGUCAGCAUCGAGGCCGACAGCAAGGAGGCGGGCGACGGCGUGUUGGUGCGGUGGCAGGCGGGCACGGGCGACGUUGCUGAAGAGAGGUUUGAUCGCGUGGUCCUCGCCGUGUCGCCCGAUGUCGCGGCCAGAAUCUUUCGUCCGUUGUCGAUGGCUCUCGGCAAGAUGCCCACGAAAUGGGUGGAGAGCUCGGUGCUGAGCCCGCGGCCCGGGGCCUUUUCCGUAGCGCACGACGGCGUGCCAGAGAGCUGCGCGCACCACGGGGACGACAAGGCGCCGUCACAGGUCAUCACGUUCAGGAGCGUCUUUGGCGACGGCGCGCGAAGCGAGGCCCUGCACGCCAUGCCGGGCGGCGUUCUCGUCAGCACGCUGCCGCUGGGGGCCGCGGAGGAUAAGGCGAUACUCAAGACUGCGGGCUUCACGAGGACGCUGCGGACGCCGGCGAGCAGGGCGGCGACGCAGCGCGUCAUGGGCGGCAAGCCGGCGUCGGACGGCCAUGCGCACUGGGUCAACGGCGAGGACGGCGUCUGGGUCGCCGGGUCGUGGUGUUGGGACGGCAUGGUGCUGCUCGAGGGCUGCGUUGUGUCGGCCAUGCGCGUCGCCGACGACCUGGGCGUGCGGAUACCCUGGCGAUGA